UGAAAGAAACCCCUGUCUCAAAAGUCUGGCUACGCCCCUGCAGAUAUUGAGCAUUUUCAAUGCCAGCGAUCGUUUGUUCAGUUUAAGCCAUGUUUGUGAUAUCAAAACAUGUUCAUGUAGUAUUCUGAGAACUUUAGAAUCGUAUCGGCUUGACAAGCCACUCUUAAUAUAUUAGUUCUUUGCAGUUGAUCAGUGUGUGAUAGCCAAACAUAAAUAGACCGUCUGGCAACUACCAUAUCGUGUUGAGGUAAUGCUCUACAAUUAAGUUAUAGGGUGAAAAACUAGCUCUGGAAAUACAUAACAAUGGCUUACAUAAUGAUGACUGUGUGUUAUGGUUUGGUUGUUGCAUAGUGCUAUUUAUAACGUUUCGGGUAUUAUACCUGACUGAGAGGUGCCGUGAGACGUACGUGAUCAUGUAUCUUUGGUCAUCUGUUAUCGUUCCAUGCAUAUGUUAUAGACUAAUGUGUAUGCUUUGUUGCAUCUGUAUGUGUGUAGGUGUGUUUCAUACAUAUAGUGUUUCCCAAACUAAUUGAUGUAUGGUAUGGAGGAAGUUGAAAUACUAGUAGUUGUAUCAACUCCCCAGAUAGCAGUGAGUGUUAAAAUAAAAUCAUUGAACUAUUCAAUGUAGCUAUACUGUAGUUCAGAGUAGCAAUGCAGACUAAGAGACAACUUGCAGUGUUAGUGCUGGCUUGCAGUAUUGUACUGUUCUCUCAAGGAGCAAGAUGUUCUAACUUCUCACUCAAUAUAACUCUCACAAGUAACUCAACCCUCAACUGUAGCACUGGGCUGACUUACCCUGGUCCUGCAUUUGUUAGAGUGGAGUAUCGAUGGCUUGAGUGGAAUGGAGGCAAAUUGAUACCUGACCAGUGGAGCACUCUUGAAGCAAUGACCACUGAUGCUGACUAUAAUGUAACUGGACAUACUCUACAAAGUUCUAAUCAAAGUUCUGAUCAAGACAGCGUUGAUUAUGUGCAGCUGAGAAUAGUACAGCCAGAACAUGGCAGUGGAUUGUGCAACUGCUGGGAAAUCAGCAAACUGCUGGUUAUAUUUGAUAGCGAUAGUUACUUUGAUUUCCUUACUGAAGAAAGCAGAUGCAACGACAGUCAACUCACAAGAAAUGGAGCUGGUACUCUACAAUUCUGUGGAGGUAGCGCAGGGGAACCAAGGGGUGUGGUGUUCCACCCUGUUUGGCUGAAUAAUGGCAAAUUGAAAACAAAAGAAUGUUGGAGAGUCAAUUAUGGUUCAACUCUUGUUGAUAAGCAACCACCAUCGAUGAAUUGCGAAACCAGUAAACCAAGAAUAGAGCUGUCAUAUGUGUUGGAUUUGGCCCCAGAUGGCUGUGACGAGAUUGAACGCAAUAAUGAGGGUAUAGAGGUAUCACUAGGCAACUGGGACAGAGACGGUGAUUGGAUUCCUCUAGCGUACCAUGAUCAUAAAUUAUACACCAAUAAUCCAACAUUCCGAAUCAGAGACUAUGAUGUUCCUUAUAACAAUUGUACUGGAGUUCAGUCAUUUAAGAUAAGUGUGUGCGGAGAUGACUAUCUCAGAGAUGGACUGCAGAUAAGAUGGCUGCAACAGGUUUUUUUAUACCCAAAUAUAAUGAGAGACGUAGUGACACUGGACAAUGUGUCUAUUAGCUUGAUUGUGAAUGAAACCAGCACCAGUCUACUGGAGGAUGGAUUUGAUCAGGGAUAUUUGAGCUCAACAUAUUGGAAUAAAGAGAUCAGAAAUGGUGGCGUAUCUACUGACUGCUCUGGUGCCUCUGAUAAUCACAAGAUAGUGUUUGGUCUCAAAUGUACAACCUUCGGCUGUGAGAACACAAAAACAGAGGCUAGUCGCAUAGCAACUACAGUCCCACUGAACAUCACUCAACUAAUGCCAGUUCCAGGCAAUCAGUCAAAUACAACAAUAUCAAAACACAAGAUUAAUAUAACAUCUGUUGUCUCAAUGGGCGGUUUAACUACAUCAACAGAAGAAGCAGUGAUGUCAACUAUUUUCCAUCAUCUAAGUGCUACUGCUGCAAGCACAUCUGUUCGAGAGUCCAGCUCCAUUCAAGUGGUGUCGAUUGUCCCUACUCGAUUAUCUUCUGCAAGUACAUCUGUCCGAGGGUCCUCUACAAGCUCCAUUCAAGUUGCCUCAAUUAUGAGCACCACUGGAGUAUCUUCUGCAAGCACAUCUGUCCGAGGGUCUUCUAUAAGCUCCAUUCAAGUGGCCUCAAUUAUGAGCACCACUGGAGUGUCUUCUGCAAGCACAUCUGUCCCAGGGUCCUCUACAAGCUUCAUUCAAGUGGCCUCAAUUAUGAGCACCACUGGAGUGUCUUCUGCAAGCACAUCUGUCCGAGGGUCUUCUACAAGCUCCAUUCAAGUGGCGUCAAUUAUGAGCACCACUGGAGUGUCUUCUGCAAGCACAUCUGUCCGAGGGUCCUCUACAAGCUCCAUUCAAGUGGCGUCAAUUAUGAGCACCACUGGAGCAUCUUCUGCAAGCACAUCUGUCCCAGGGUCCUCUACAAGCUCCAUUCAAGUGCCCUCGAUUAUGAGCACCACUGGAGUAUCUUCUGCAAGCACAUCUGUCCGAGGGUCCUCUACAAGCUCCAUUCAAGUGCCCUCGAUUAUGAGCACCACUGGAGUAUCUUCUGCAAGCACAUCUGUCCCAGAGUCCUCUACAAGCUCCAUUCAAGUGGCAUCAAUUGUGAGUCCUACUGGAGUGUCUUCUGCAAGCACAUCUGUCCGAGAGUCCUCUACAAGCUCCAUUCAAGUGGCGUCAACCCCAACAGCUCCAGCUACUUCCAGCAUUGAUUUAUCCUUGGCCAAAGAGCUGGAAUCUACUAUCUCAAAUGUUUCAAGCAUUAUAAAUGAAAAUGAAAAUUUAACAGCCAUCAAGCAAAAACCUCCUGGUCAAGCAGCUGCUUCUCUACGAGACUUGGUAAGGAAUGGUACACAAGUUGACCGGAGAGCUGUUAUGUAUCUGCUCAGUGACAUGGUAAAUCGGGCGAGUAUCAAUGACAGCCAACAGUUUGGUCAGAUUGUUUUGGAAGUGAGUGAUGACUUGCUGAAUCAAUCACUGAUCACUACUCAGUCCAGCGCCAUUGUCGGUAGUACACUGCUUGCUACCAUUGAGCAGCUGGCAUUUAACGUGCUCUCUCUGACUAAAGACAGCCUUAGGACAUCAAAUAUUGAACUGAUAGUUCAAGAGGUAGAACAAGAUGGGAACGACGACUCAUACUUCACUGGUAUUGAAACAACCAACAGCUCCAUCCGAGUGCCCACUGAGUUAGUGAGGAUCAUAAGUAAUGGAACUGGACCAGUCACCGUGGCCUCAGUCUACUACAGGAACAUGAGUAGACUGUUGCCCGGGACUCUGCCGGGAGAAAGGGACACUGUGUUAGCAUCUCCAGUGGUCUCCACCAGUCUGCAGUAUGGGGACAAGAUCUGUGAUACAGCCAACAUUACACUGAGCCAGCCAGUCAUUGUGACACUGAAACACUCCUCACAGUUGGCACAGGAUAACAGUGAAAUGAAGUGUGUUUUCUGGGAGUUCAUACUAGGAAGUGACUCUCGGCUAGUCAAUGGAAGAUGGAAUACUAAAGGCUGUAAGAGAAAUGACAGUCUCUCUAACUCCACACACACUGUGUGCGAGUGCACACAUCUCACCAACUUUGCCAUUCUCCUCAGCUCUCAGCCCAUAGUGGGAGGUGUGCAUGCAUUCGUACUGGGACUGAUUGGCUACGUUGGUGUAUCACUCUCUGUACUAGCCAUGCUAGCAACCAUUGUAGCAUUGGUAUACCUAAGGUCUCUCUGGAGCAUGCGUAACUACAUACACAUCAACUUGUGUGUGAGUCUAAUUCUGGCACAGCUGAUGUUUGUGAGUGGGGUAACCCCUCACGGAGGGGGUAUGGUGGAUCCUGGUUGUCGGACAGCAGCAGUUCUCAUGCACUACUUGUUCCUAGUGUCCUUCAUGUGGAUGCUCAUGGAGGGGGUGGUCUUGUAUGUGGCCCUCGUCAAAGUCUUUGUCAAAAAUCAGAAGAGAUACAUAAUGGGCUUCACAAUUUUCAGUUAUGGUGCCCCUCUGCUGUACAUGGGCCUCUGUGUUCCCCUGGGCUUUACUCUGUACCCUAAGGCAAACUAUGGCUAUGGCUAUGUACAAGUCACUAACAGCACUCAAGACAAUGAGACCACCACCCAACAGACCGCUGUCUGCUGGUUGAACCCUCAUGGCUACUUCAUACAGACGUUCAUUGUACCAGUUGUGUUGGUCAUUUUGGCAAAUAUUGGCUUCUUCAUCAUGGCACUAGUGAUCAUGAACAGACAUGCAAAGAAGCAGACACACAAGGAUAGAAUACAGAAAACAAAAUAUUGGCUUAAGUCUUCAGUUUCCCUGGUAACCAUCAUGGGUCUGACAUGGAUCAUUGGUCUUCUGGUGUUUGAGGUCCCUGCUCUUUCCCCGCUGGCGUACAUCUUCACGAUCUUUGUUGCCUUCCAAGGAGUGGCCAUCUUCGUCAUAUUUGUACCCCUCUCCAAGCAAGUGAGAGAGGCCUACUCAAAAUGGUGGAGGGUUAAAGUGGCAGAGUCUGACAUUCUCAGCAGUCACUUUACCGACUUGUCAUUCAGAAACAACAGCAGUUCAGUAAGCAAUGGUAAAACGAUUUCUAGAAAUCAGCGUAGCUCAUCAAAUAUUUACGAGCUGGAGUCCAGUAUAUUGAAGUCACAGUGCGAAUCGAAAGCGACUUUUGAGUCGAGUUUGUCACUGGAUACAGACGGGACCAAGACUCCUGACGUUACUACUCCUGACUAUGAGUUCGCUUUCAACAUCACUAUGAUGUACCCUCAGGACAAGUCACGGUGCGAAUCGAAAGCGACUUUUAAGUCAAGCACUAAUGUGUUACUGGCAGAUACAGAGCGGUUCAAGAUUCCUGACGUUACUGCUCCUGACUAUGGGUUCGCUUUCAACAUUACUAUGAUAUACCCUCAGGACAAAUCAGAUCGAGAUGUCUGCAUUGGGAACAGUGGAGUGCAUGAUUGAUGACGUCAUUAUCCAAUAACUUUCUACCUUGCUGAUCAUUGUAUAAUUAUAAUGUGCCUAGAUAUCAUGUUGUUAUAUAUUGUGUACAGAUUGAGAACUGAUUUGUUAUAAGA